AUGUCGGAACAUCAGUAUAAAUUCAAUGUAUCCAUGAGCUGCGGUGGCUGUUCCGGAGCCGUAGAGCGUGUGCUAAAGAAGCUCGAUGGAGUCAAGUCUUUCGAUGUGAGCCUGGACUCGCAGACGGCUCUAGUCACCACCGAACCCGAGGUAUCCUAUGAAACAGUGCUGGCCACGAUCAAGAAGACGGGGAAGACGGUCAACUCGGGAGAGGCUGAUGGGGAACCCAAGGAUGUUUGA